AUGGUGCAGAAGAAGCCUAAGAAGAAGGUAGGAAAGAAAAUAGCGGCCGCUCCUCUGGUCGUCAAGAAGGUUGAACCCAAAAAGUUUGUAAACCCUCUAUUUGAGAAGAGGACAAAGAACUUCGCUAUUGGCCAGGACAUCCAGCCUACGCGUGACUUAUCCCGUUUCGUGAGAUGGCCCAAAUACAUACGUAUUCAAAGACAAAAGGCGGUUCUUCAGAGGCGUCUCAAAGUGCCACCACCAAUCAACCAGUUCACUCAGACCCUUGACAAGACCACAGCUAAAGGAUUAUUCAAGAUCUUGGAAAAAUACAGGCCCGAGACUGAAGCUGUCAGGAAAGAGAGAUUAAGGAAGGCUGCUGAAGCUAAGAUUGCUAAGAAAGAUGAGCCCCCAGCGAAGAGGCCAAACACCAUCCGGUCUGGAACCAACACAGUCACCAAGCUGGUUGAGAAGAAGAAGGCACAGCUUGUUGUCAUCGCUCAUGAUGUUGACCCUAUUGAGCUGGUCUUGUUCCUGCCUGCUCUGUGCCGUAAAAUGGGAGUCCCAUACUGUAUUGUCAAGGGGAAGUCUCGCCUCGGAGCUCUCGUUCACCGCAAGACAUGCACUUGCUUAGCGCUCACAAAUGUGGAGGCCGGAGACCGCGCUGCCUUCUCGAAGGUGGUCGAGGCUAUCAGAACGAACUUCAACGAGCGCUACGAAGAGCUGCGCAAGCACUGGGGAGGUGGUGUCCUCGGUAACAAGUCCAACGCGAGGAUCGCCAAACUCGAGAAGGCCAAGGCUAGGGAAAUCGCGCAGAAACAGGGCUAG